AUGCCUUCUUUCCAGGCUAUCAUUGAGGAUACCUCGCCCUUCCUGAUCUACUCUACUAAUUGGUCGUCUGGGACUUCUGCCGACUCGUCAGCGGACAAGUAUUCGCAAAGUAGCUUCACUUUGACCCAGAGUGCAAAUACGACCAUGUCCUUCACAUUCUUUGGGACUUCAGUUGGGAUAUAUGGCGCCAAGCGUGGCAACCAUGGACCCUAUCAAGUCCAGGUAGACAACCAGCAGUUUCCUGCGGGAAAUGGAGUUGCCAGCCCGGAUGCUUUCAACCAAACGUUGUUUUCGACUAGCCUUCAAAAGGGCGUACACACAGUUACAUUGACGAACGGUGCUAACACGUAUUUGGACGUGGAUUAUAUUUCAUGGCAAACGAGUGUCGGAAAUGAUGAUGAAGCGUUGAUUGUGAACACUUACAAAGACUCACAUCCCUCCUUCUCUUACUCCCCUGCUUCGUCUUGGGGAACCCCAGAUUUUGUAUCUUCAUUUUCAGGCAGCACUGGGCAGGAAAUGACAGUGCCACAACAAGUCCGGGCGCUUUCGCUGAAUUUACCUUCGCUAGGAUUCAGCGUUGAGGGUCCUCACGAGCCAUGCGCAGGAGAUGCUGUGGGGUUAUACGGUCCAGUUGGUCCGAAUGGUGUUUCCGUGUUUUCAGCCCAGGUUGACGGUGGCACUCCGACAAAUUCCACGACGAAUAAGCAGUUUUACAGGCCCCAACAACUCUUAUAUUAUGCAGGCAAUCUGGGAAGAGGAGGACAUACGCUAAAGAUACAAUUUGGAUCAUCGAGUGGGUCCGGACAAGCGCUUGCCAUUGACUAUGCAGAGGUGUACACUACUCCCUCUCUUGGUGGAAGCUUUGGAACUACUCAAGCAAUUUCUGCAUCGUCGACCUUCCCUACUGGUGCUAUCGCCGGGCUUUCUAUAACCAGUACUCUUGCCUUCCUUGCGCUUGCUGGUCUCGUCUUCCUUUUCAUACGAAAACGGCGCAACCACCCCAGCACGAUCUCAGAAAAACCGAACCCCGUUCACCCUAGAGUUGAGCCGUUCACCUUCCCACCGACACCCCAAGACGCGCCCAUAGCCAGCCAACCUAGUUACAACCCAUCCAGUCUAUCGUUCUCAUCUUCUUCAAACCCAGCAAUCGCAACAGGUUACCAAUCUACUUUUCCUGCUUCUGGUAUGUACGAUGAUUACGUAUCAUCGAAUGCUGUAAGGAUCCCCUUGCCUCGAACUUUCAAGUUUCCUUGCUUAUGCCAAUCGAAUUCCAGGACAACCACGGGUCAGUCAGCAAAGAUCGUUUAA